GCGAGUCUCGGCGGCUGCGUUCGUAUGAUAGUGACGGGGGCUGCCCCCGCGUCUCCCACCGUCCUGGGCUUCCUCCGCGCCGCCCUCGGCUGCCAGGUUUACGAAGGUUAUGGCCAAACAGAAUGCACAGCCGGAUGCACCUUCACCACCCCGGGUGACUGGACAUCAGGUCAUGUAGGAGCCCCUUUGCCCUGUAACUUAAUCAGAUUGAAGGAUGUGGAGGAGCUGAAUUAUUUUGCUUCCAAAGGAGAAGGAGAGAUAUGUGUGAAAGGACCCAAUGUUUUCAAAGGUUACCUGAAAGAUGAGGAGAAGACAACUGAAGCACUGGACCAGGAGGGUUGGCUUCACACUGGGGACAUCGGGAAAUGGUUACCGAAUGGGACUCUUAAAAUUAUUGAUCGGAAAAAGCAUAUAUUUAAACUUGCUCAGGGAGAAUAUAUUGCACCGGAGAAGAUAGAGAAUAUCUAUAUCCGCAGUGACCCUGUCGCUCAGAUCUACGUCCACGGAGACAGCCUGCAGGCCUUUCUGGUGGGGAUCGUGGUGCCUGAUUCCGAAGUCAUGCCGGGCUGGGCAAAGAAAAGAGGGUUUGAAGGAACGUACGCAGAACUCUGUAAAAAUAAGAAUGGGACUCUUAAAAUUAUUGAUCGGAAAAAGCAUAUAUUUAAACUUGCUCAGGGAGAAUAUAUUGCACCGGAGAAGAUAGAGAAUAUCUAUAUCCGCAGUGACCCUGUCGCUCAGAUCUACGUCCACGGAGACAGCCUGCAGGCCUUUCUGGUGGGGAUCGUGGUGCCUGAUUCCGAAGUCAUGCCGGGCUGGGCAAAGAAAAGAGGGUUUGAAGGAACGUACGCAGAACUCUGUAAAAAUAAGACCUCUGCCAACUCCCACGUGGGGGGGACCAAGGGUCUUUGA